AUGGCCAUUCAGGACAACUUCACACUUUAUUGGUACACAGCUGUGCAGGCUCUCUCCAUUUUUGGCUUCGUCGGCAUCAACAUUGCCUUCAUCAUCGUCGUGUUGCAAGUGUUCACGUCCAAGUGUGAUGACGUUACCGACAUCGGGUUCUGGAACGCUAUACAGAGUAUUGUCACAGCUAUAUGUUACCUUCUAGCGGUGAUCGUGUUUGGAGCUGAGUUUGACAACGGGUAUUACCAUCAACCGAUUACCCGAACGGUCAAGAUCGGAGAGCUGGGGUUCAGUUUCGGCCUGGCUAUCGUGGCUCUGUUACUGGAGGGUGUGGCUGGGGUACUGAUGCUGGUGGAGAGCAAGAAGGGGAAAGGAACAUCGCCGGGGUAGAGCUGAAGUCGCAUAUGUCGUAUUUCUUGAGGAUACAAACGGUAUACCAGAUGUUUAGGUGGCAUAUCCCGCACAUAUUGAAGGAUCUGUGUUAUUCAAGAUUUCAGUAAAG